CGUCAAACCAACAAGGAACGUGACGGGGGCGAAGAAGUUGUGGCGAAAAGCUGCCGGCAAUUCUUCGUUGUCUUUGGUCUUCGCAAGUCUUUGCUCCACAGCCUGUGUGGCCAUAUCCAGUGGUGUGUGGCCUGCCGCUGAUGUGCGAGGCGCCGUCACCGGCCAGAACGCCGCCACAGGCACGCUUGUGUGAGAGUGAAACGCCUGUGGACCCCUCCCCCCUUAUCUCCGGCUCUCGGAAGCAGUCAAGACGCCUCAGGCUGUCAGCUAUGACGUGGCUUCCGUCCACCUUUGCCGCAGCCCUCCUGGUGCUGCUGUUGAGCGGCUCCCCUUUGUCGGUGUGUGGUGGUAAGGCGAAGGGUUCGAUGGCGAUGGAGGUGUCCCAGGCGGAUUUUGACAAGCACAUCAAGGAGAGUCCCUAUGUGAUGGUGAUGUUUUACGCGCCCUGGUGCUACUGGUCCCGCAUGCUGCUCCCCGACUACGACAAGGCGGCGGAGAAGCUGGCCAUGCACGACCCGCCCGUCAAGCUGAUCAAGGUCGACUGCACCAGGAACUUCGUGGUGGCUGAGAAGUAUGGUGUGCACGAGUACCCCACUCUCAAGUUCUUCACGGACGGCAGCAUCCACGAGUACCACGGCGGGCGGGGCGUCAACGAGAUCGUCAACUGGGUCAAUCGUCAAUUGGAGAAGGAGCACUACAUAUCGACUCAGAGCGAGAUGGACAGCCUGGUCAGCCACAGCGACCUCUCGGUCGUCCUCAUCUAUCCUGCGGGAUACGACAAGACCGACUUCACUAGGAUCGCCCGCCACUACGACGACGUGCUCUUUCUGGACACCAACAACACCGACCUCGCCGACCCGCUCCAGUCGCGAUACGACCUGCCUAGGCGCAACCCGCCGUUCGUCUUCAUGAUAACGCCCCAUGACAAGGUGGGUGAGAAGAAGGUCGUCAUGUACGACGGGGACCUCACCGACCACCACCAGCUGGAUAUCUUCGUCACGUCGAUGCGCUUCCCCGCCCUGGUGCCCUUCACCAGCGACAACGCCCAGCGGCUGUUCAAGGACGGCAGGCCCAUAUUCGUGUAUCUGAGGGAGGGGGGCGAUGACAAGAAGGACGAGCCAGUGCCCGAGAUGGUCAGGAGGGUCGCCACCGACUUCAGGGGGGCGCUGCUGUUCACCGUCUCGGGGACCACGGAGCCGCACGAGAAGAGGCUGCUCGGUGAGCCACCUCACCUGAGGGGCGACAGGGACAUGUAUGUGUGCAGGGGCUGGGUUGGAUGGAUGUGUCCAUAUGUGUGGUGUGUAUGUCAGAGCUGAUUGGUGCCGAUGAGGAGGUGUAUCCUGCCGUGCGCAUCAUCACUCUCAAUCCAUCGGGACACGGACACUACCACCCGGCGGUAUAUAUGCACACGCACACACGAAACCCUCCAGCGCUCAGACACAUGCCGUGUGUGAAUCUCUGUGUGCGCGUGCAGCUCAAGUACCGUUACGGCGGGACCAUGACUGAGCCUUUGCUGCGGCAGUUCGUCUUUGACUUCCAGGCAGGCUCCCUCACGCCAUUCAUGAAGUCCGAGCCAGUGCCAGACGACGACGGACUGAGUAAGACACGGAGGGAGGGAGGGAGGGAGGGAGGGAGGCAUGGAUGGAUGUGCGACAGGUCCCGUGACAACGAUAGUGGGCAGCACGUUCGAGCGGAUCGUCAAGAACCCCAACAAAGACGUACUCGUCGAAUUCUAUGCGCCAUGGUGAGACAGACAGAGAGCGAGGCAGCAAGCAGGGAGGGAGAAGUGCAUCGGUCAACAGCAGUGUUGUAUGGAUGUGUAUGUAUGUGUGUGUAUGUGUGUGCAGGUGCGGUCACUGUCGUAAGCUGGAGCCAAUCUACAAGCAGUUCGCCAAGAAGGUCGCCCGUGUGCCCACCGUCACCGUCGCCAAGAUCGAUGCCACGAGAAACGAAGUCCCCAAAAUGCAAAUCCGUAAGACCACACACCGCACAGCACAGCAUGGAUCCCCCCCACUUAUAUCUGCCUUGUACGGAUGUGUGUUUCAGGUGCGUAUCCGACCCUGUUGCUGUUCCCUGCCAAGAACAAGGAUCACCCGAUUGAGCACAGAGGCGAGCGGACAGAGGACGGACUCGUCAACUUCCUCCUGCAACACGUGAGGACGAACACCACACCACACAGCAACACCACGUCGAUAACUUCUAAUGUGUGUUCGUGGUGUCGCUGGCUGCAUCUAUGUCAAUGACCUCAGGCGUCGUUCAAGUUCGACAAAUCGUUGCUGGAUAAGGUCGAGGAGGACGACGAUGAUUUCUACUUCGAGCAAGACCUGUAGCCUGCCUGUAGCUCGACAUAUUGGUCUCUCUUGCGCGUGUAUGGAUGGACCGACCGACAUGGCCUCUGCCGGACAUGUGGGCGGCGGUGCUCUCCUUUUUUCUUGUCUCUUUUCUUCUCGUCUCAUCUCAUCUCAUCUCAGUCUUGUUUGCUUAAGGUGUACAUUCGUAGCGUUUUUGACGCUGUGGGCGUCAAGCAGACCUCCAGACGGCAAGUGAAUGAGUGUGUCGGUGGUCCCGGCUGCUGCAGAAGCAGCCCAUGUGGGGCACAGAUGGGGGACGCGAUGCAUACAGACAGAGACAGACAGGGAGGGGUCUCUCUCACCCACCCAUGCACCAUCCGGAUUCUCUCUCAUCGGGUGUUCAAGUCAGGUCAGCUGUGAUGAAGUUUUCUCGUACGUGGCUCCGUGCGCUGUGGAGGCAGCCGGCCGUAGACGGUUUUUUGGCCUGACUGGGUCGACCCCUCCUCUACUUCUGUGUACACGACGAGAGGAUCUGUAUGCUCGCUCCAUCCACUCCAUGUCUGCGUGCGAAGUGUGUAACUGCCUUGGCUUGGUGGGCUCACUUGUGCCUCUCUCCCUCUCUGUAUCUCCCCCCUCUGCGCCUCUGUCUACAUGUGUGUCUGUGUCCAUGUUGACAUUCGCAAUUCGAGAGCUGACACGCAUCCCUCCAUGUACGGCUGAUGUGCGCACACACGGUGCGUGGCGGCAGCUGUGGCGGUGCGUGUGAGUGAUGCACGUGUGCAAACCUGGAUGGAUGGGUUGAGCAUUGGUGUUGCAUGUCUGGUAUGUGUGCAGUGAAGAGUCGGCACACGCGACAUGAGUGCCUGCAUGUGUGAGAGUCCGUAUGUAAGCUAGAGUGCAGACGUGGUCAAGACCUUGUCGGCUGUGUCCGUGUGCGUGUGACCCUGACGCAUGCUCGUGUCUCACGUGAUUUCCUCUGUCGUUCGAAUCCGCCUCCGAUUUA